AUGAGAAAUAUAACAAAUGAUGAUUUAGUUCGACAAUUAAUAAGAAAAAUGGCACCACCUUUAGUCACAUUGUUAGCUUCGCCACCAGAAGUACAAUACGUUGCAUUAAGAAAUAUAAAUCUUAUUUUACAAAAGCAACCCGAUAUCUUGCAAAAUGAAAUUAGGGUUUUCUUCUGUAAAUAUAAUGAUCCACCUUACGUAAAAUUGGAAAAAUUGGAAAUUAUAAUAAAACUGGCCAGUGAAAAAAAUGUUGAUCAAUUGUUAUCAGAAUUAAAGGAAUAUGCUUCUGAAGUUGAUGUUGAUUUUGUAAGAAAAUCUGUUAGAGCCAUUGGACAGUGUGCAAUAAAAAUUGAUGAGGCAUCUGAAAGAUGCAUUAAUGUUUUAUUGGAUUUAAUAAACACAAGAGUAAAUUAUGUAGUUCAAGAAGCUAUAGUAGUUAUUAAAGACAUAUUUCGAAAAUAUCCACAUAAAUAUGAAGGAAUUAUCCCAACGUUAUGUCAAAAUCUAGAUGCAUUAGAUGAACCUGAAGCAAAAGCUUCACUUAUUUGGAUUGUCGGAGAAUAUGCUGAAAGAAUAGAAAAUGCUGGUGAUUUAAUCCUUACAUUUUUGGAUACUUUUCGUGAUGAAAGUCCCCAGGUGCAAUUACAACUAGUUACUUCAACAGUUAAAUUAUUUCUAAAAAAACCACAAACUACUCAAAAUAUAGUACAUAAAUUACUGCAAAUUGCAACUACAGAAUGUGAAAAUCCUGAUAUUAGAGAUCGUGCGUUUGUUUAUUGGAGGUUACUUUCAACUGAUCCACAAGCUGCGAAGACUGUAGUUUUAUCAGAUAAACCAGUAAUAUCUGUAGAAAGUAAUUCAAUGUCAGGAGCUCUUCUGGAUGAAUUAAUUGGUAAUAUCUCUUCAUUGGCGAGUGUAUAUCAUAAACCUCCAGAAACAUUUCUUGGAAAGGGUAGAUUUGGUGCUGAUGCUGUUCAAAGAAGAGCUAUCGAGGAACAACAAGAAGCUUCAAGAGAAUCACCCAUUCAAGCGCAAGUUAAAGCUAACAUUGAAAACUUAUUGGAUCUUGAUUUCAAUGAUAGUCCUACCAGGUUAUUUGAUGACGAUAGUUUCUCUAUAAGUAAAACAGCAACAUCUCAAUUGUCAUCAUCAUCAAAUCAAAACAAUCCUACUGGUAAUAAUAUAUCAAAUGAUUUGGUUAAUUUAUUUUGA